CCUGUGUUUCGGAAAAUUCGAAUAUAUAAAUUUAGUAUUAAUCGGUUGUACAUACGAAAUCGUCGAUCUUGUGUGAAUGAUAACUUAAAGUUCAGAAAUUUUUAGUGACUCAAAUGGAUUAAACAAAUCAAAUAUUGUUAAUUUAAAAAAGAGAUGUACAAACAAAAUGUACCAUUACUUUAUUAAGAGUACAAAUGAAGAAAAUGUGAUAUUCUAGAGAUAUUAUAAAUGAAAUCCAUAGCGAAUGUGCAUACGUAAAUUUGUGUGCAAUAACAUUAUUCAUUCAUAUUUUAAAAUAAUUUCGGCUUACUGAAUUUAUUUGAGAGCUGUCGGUAUAAUGGCCUCCAACAUAUCAUCUACGAAAGACAAAGCAUCUGGCGUAGAAUUAUUUGAAGGGUAUUCAGACGAGCUUUUAAUGUUUGCUUCCGUAGCUUGUAUUAUAUUCAUGAUCGUGGGUAUACCUGGAAACAUGAUUAACAUUAUGGCGCUAGCGAGAGGAAAGCAGACUCGGAAUUCAACGGCAAUUUUUAUAAUGAAUUUGUCUUCGUCGGACUUACUUUUUGAUUGCUUCAAUCUGCCAUUGGCGGCAUCUACAUUUUUGAGGAGAUCCUGGAUACAUGGUGAACUUCUUUGCAGGUUUUUCCCACUAAUGCGUUAUGCUUUGUUAGCCGUUUCGCUAUUUACCGUGUCACUCAUUACCAUUAACAGAUACGUUAUAAUCGCACACCCACGACAGUACUCACGAAUCUAUCAACGUCGCUACUUGGGCUUAAUGAUUGCGGGCACAUGGAUAACAGCGUUCUCAAUAAUGAUACCAACUUGGCGCGGCGUGUGGGGUAGAUUUGGUUUAGAUACAACUAUCGGCUCCUGUUCAAUUUUACUUGAUGAAAAUGGUCAUACUCCAAAAGAGUUCCUUUUCAUUGCAGCAUUUAUGGUUCCUUGUAUUUGCAUUAUGGUUUGUUACGCAAGAAUUCUCUACCUCGUACGAAAGACGGCAUUCAGGCAUAGAGAACCUCCACCUAAAAAUAUUAUUUACCAAAAUGAACUACCCAUUUCAAAGCUACCCAAUAUUGUAAAGAACCAUACAGACGGUCAAAAUAGUGAUUUGAAAAACACAAAAGUAGCAGAUACAUCACCUGCAAUGAAACCAUUUGACGUUUACGAAGAUUUAGAGUAUAUUGAUGUAAGCGAUUCAAAUGAUAAUGGACCGGAAUGCGAUGGAAUAGUCAAAGUUAACAGUGGUAAUGCAAAGAUCCAUCAAACAGACUUUUCGAAGGAGGUACAAAAUAUGAAAGAAACCCCGAAGGAAUCGCUUAAGUCAGAAGUUACAGGAGGCGACACAAAGAAAACUCAAGACCAUAAAGCAUUCAUAACUACCUCUCUAAAAACAUCGUUCAACAGAAUUACGCCUAGGAAAACUCAGUACGUUUCUAUGGGAAAUACAUCGAAUGCUUCCUCCAUAUAUCCUGGAAGAAUGAGCCAAAAAGAUCGACGGUUAUUAAAAAUGAUUUUGGUUAUUUUUAUAUCUUUUGUUUUCUGCCAUUUGCCAAUAACAAUUACAAAAAUUUGGAAAGGCUCCUCAGAUUUACAUAUUGUUAAUAUAAGUGGAUAUUUACUUAUUUAUUUAACCACCUGCAUAAAUCCCAUUAUUUAUGUUCUGAUGUCAAAUGAAUACAGGCAAGCGUAUUGGAAUUUAUUGCGAUGCCGGCAGAAAGCGUAGGCUGCCAAUACUGUUAGAUUAUAUUUGCAGCAUUGCAACAUGCUAAUUAGUGUACUUACAUAUAUACCUUAGUUGUACUGUAUUUAUAUUGACUCAAUAUUGCACCCCCUUGCCAAAAAAAAAAACAAAACACUCCACACACGCUUCUGUAUGUAAAUAUUAAGUACUUCAAAUGGGUAUGAGAUCAUGAAUUCCAAAUCGUUUGAUUUUGUGGGUCAACGUUAACUUUAUUUGCCUAUGUAUAAAAUUUGUAAUUAUUAUUAUUUUUUUUUUCAAAUACCCAUUUUUCCAAUAAUUAUAAUUAGCUUUUAACAUAAAUAACGAAAAACCGAACAAAAGCAAGCUAUAUAUUUUACACACGACGUAAGUUUUGUUUAGGGCUUAAGUUAGGCGCGUUAGGUCUCGAAAAAUGAAUGAAAAGCACUUUUUGCCUUUGAAAGUAGGCAACACUAACUGAAAACUGUUGAAAAGAGCUUGUGCAGCAAAGAAGAAAGAGGUGAACAAAAUAUUUGUUUAUUUUAGCAAUAAAAAAAUACUUCAAAUUCGAAGCGCCGCCCAGUAGCGCCGGAUCAUAGAUGAUCUGGUGAAUGAACGCAAGCAAUAUCUGCGUCCUUGGGAAAUUCUCUUCAAUUCUAAUCAAAUUUUAUUACAUAAAUUUCGAGCCUCAAAAAGGUGGGUUCCCAAAAACGGCUUCGAAAACUUGCAAUUUUUUUUGCGUUUAGAGGAAUCCCCUUCCUGUUAAUGAUUUUUACAAGAAAUGAAAGGAAGAAAAGAUUAAAGGCGAAUUCCGAAGCGCUUCAAUAUGUCGGUUGUUACCUCCUACUACGGCGUAACAAUUUUAUGAAAAUUACUUUCAACAUUUCUCUACAAAAUGACGUACCUUGGCCUCCAAAUUAAGUUUUGCGAACAUAGAAUCAUAGAAGUAGAACCUCCGAGGAGAUGUAGCUGAUAAAUGUGCGAAGUCGUAGUAAAAAAUAAAGAUUUUGGGAUUUGUUAGGGUUAUUUUGCAAGUUAGGGCUAAGAAAAAGCGAGAUCGUGUAUAUGGGUUUAAGCUUUUGUACAUCGCGAUUUUUUUGUGUAUUUAAAUAUAUGAAAUUCUCUUAUAGUUUUUCAAGUGCUUAUACCAUAAGUGCGAAAUUUUUAUAACCGAAGUGCUUAUAAGCGAGAAAUACUGUUUAUGCGUAUAUAGUGAAGAACAUCACAACUUAAAAAAUUCGAAAAAAUGGCUUCAAAGCCUAUACCUCCACAUUGUCAUACAUAUAAUGAGUUACUACUGCUAAUAAAUAUGGCCAAGAUUUUUUUACACGGCAUAAAAGAAGAGCUGCUGGUAAUUUCUACGUUAGUAUUUUUUCGUUUUGGGUUAUGACAUUUUUUUUUUUUUUUUUUUUUUGUUUUUUGUUGGGACAGACAAGUACAGCACUCAGACACAAGUAAGUCCAAUGUACUGCACUCGGAUUCCCUUUUUAAUUUUCUUUAAAUCUACUCGACCUCCGAAGAAAUCAGAGUAGAUCUUGUGGUGUCAAAGAGCCAAGGUGGUCACUUCUUAACACAUUAGUGGCAAAGACCUCAAGCCUACUUUGAGCGAAGGCUGGGCAGACGCACAGAAAGUGAUUCGCCAUCUUAUCCUCCUCUCCAAAUGCUGGACAGAGUACACUGUAUGAGAUGCCUACCUUUUCCAUGCGCUUUGUCCAUAGAAAGUGGCCCGUCAACAGUCCAACCAGCCUCCUACAGUUCCCUCUGCUUAGUGACAGGAGGAACUGCGACCUGUCGUAACAUCAAUUUUGUCCAUCUGCAGCCUCUUUCAGCCUGUCAAGCUGGGUUGUGUGUUAGAGUAACCUUUUUGCUAACCGUGGCUUUGAUGGCUGCUGAAGGGAGUAGUAGAACGGACUCCGGGUCAAGAAAAUUGGCCAGAGGCUAUUAUGUCUACCGACAUAGUUCAGCCUGGAUUUACAGGACUCGACUACCCUUGAAGAGGUUGGGGGCCAUGAGUGCAGCUAUUUAAGGCCAUGAGCCCAGCUUGCCUGUCGCUGCAGACACAUACAAAUCUACCUCCCCAUCUGUUUUCCACAACAAAGUUCAUCGCUUCUUGAACAGCAUACACCUCCAAUUGAAACACAGAUUAUGACAUUACAGCCAUAUUUACCUACGUACAUAUGAUAUAUGAUCAGAAAAUUACUACAAAAGGUGAUUUGAGGGCAAGCAUUUCUUAACAGAUGAGUAGUUUUGGUUCAGACUGCAUACUUGUAAAUAUAUUGUAAGCUAUUAUUGUAUGCAUGUCCUACUGCACAAAAUUUUAGUACUAUAAAUUAAUAAAAAAUAAAAUAAAUUCAUGUUAAAGUGACAUGUAAAGUAUAAAAAUUUUUCUCAGUAUUCAUUAGUACAAAGAAAAAUAAUAAUUAUAUAAUGAUAAUCCUAAGCGUACAAAAUUAUAUAUGUAAAACUCACUCCGCUGCCGAAUAUCUACGGUUCGAACGUAACGUAGUUGGUGGAAUUAGAAGAAUGUCAUUUACAUGCUGUUACAGUCAUUUACAGUACUGUUGAAACCAGGUGAUGAGCAUUAAAAAGCACUUGUACAUAAUGGGAGACUAGAGAAUCGUAAAUAAAACAUGUAUUUAUAUAACAUAGCAUUAAGUGAAUUUCCUCACAGUUGCUCGAAGUUAAAUGGCAUUGUUCGUAGAGAAGAAGCUAAGAACUCUUCAUCAACCUCGAUUUGAAUGUAAUGUAUAUAUUUCGGGCAAAGAUAGCGACCAGACAGCUGACAAUUUACUGGUGUAAUGCCCUUUAAAGAAGUUAAUAUUCAUUUUAUGAAUCACUAACGGGGCACUGGAAGUUGGUCGAGAAAUGCCAAACUUGCCUUUCUUAACCCUCGAAGUAGCUUCUCCAAGCAAAUAUAAUAUGGCGGAUCCCUUAGUUAUCUAGAGGCUGCUAUUUAACAAGGAGGCAUUAAAAAGGCGCAGGAAAGCACUAGCGCACGUGAAAAGUUCUUCUGAUCAAGGGUGGAUGGGAAACGCUCGGAGCGGCUCCUGAGGAUAACCGAAUUGGUAAUCUUAAUAAAGGUAAAGGUCUUCAGGUAUGCUCUUCGAGAAAAUGUUUUAUGAUAAGAGCAAAUAAAUAAAAUAAAAUCAUUUAGGUUUUCUAUGAGGUGGAAAGUAUAUAAAUUAGUAUUAUAAAUAAGUAGAUAAAGUGUGAAAAUCAAAAAAAAGUAAAUAAAGCCAUGUUUAAAUAUAAUUAUUUCAAAUAGAUUUUUUCUCCAAAAAAUGUGUUUCGAUAAAAAAGCGUUUAAAGUUAUGCCGCUCAUAGUAUGCGGUUCUGACAUGCUCGCGACUAUGUGCAAUAACUUCGUAAUUGUCCAUAUGGUGAGUGGCAAUAUUUCUUCAAGUCCCAGUUUGAAGGACGAUGAGACCAACUCACCUCAACAACUUUUCGUUUGCUUCAUUCUUUCGCGGAGCUAAUUUUCAAACAUCUUAAUUAAAUCUUCCCUAGCACUCUGGCGACCUUCGGAGGGGUAUAUUGGUCCUUUACGGAACUUGCUAAUUUGUAUGCAGAUUUUGUUUUUGCAACUAAAGAUAAAAUUUCUAUUGUUGCAGUCUUUCCUCGCUUUCCCUUUAUCCUUUUCUUUUUUUUAGUGGCGCCAGAGUCCGUGUGCUAACAACAUUUCUUAAGUGUCGUGCUUGGGAUAGCCCCCUCAACCUAACCUAGCAUAUGAAGUGCAAGCUCUAUUUGGUUUGCAAAGCGCCUCCUCUUGCAUGAAUCCAAGAACAAUGCGAAGUUGAAAAUAUACUUGAGAUUACGAUUUAAGAAUUUUAUUGAUAUGUUAAGUAACUGGAUUUCAGAAGUAAGCAGCUCCUUGUGUUCCAUGUGUUUUCUACAAAAAGUAUUAAGCAAGCCCUUCAAAUUUGCAAUACUUUAAACAAAAUAUGCACUUGUACAAGGUGGCGCAAAAUUAAUCAGCAAUUUUAUUUUUGAAUAUCUUUUUAGUAAAUUAAAAAAAAUAUUUUGAAUGCUGGAAAUCUUUGUUUUCAAUUUUUACGCGCUCCCUUAAAUUUGUGCUACGGCCAUAAAAAUUAGACACAAUUUGGUAUAGAAUAUUCACAGAUCUUUAAUUUCUUUUCACAAAUGUCCUACAAAUGAUACCGAAAAAUAAAAAAGCGUUUGUUUUUUAAUUUAGUUCUUAAUUUUGCGGGUUUGCAGGGACCUUGCAAAAAACAAUUUAAACAAUUUUUGGGAAAUUAAAAGAGGAGAAUAAAUAAUAUCGAUCUGGUCAAUUACCCUUUUCCGGUAGUGCCUUUUUAUUGUUAUAGGUAUUACUAUUCAUAGUUAUAUAACUAGUAAAAAAAUAUCGAAUCUCGAAUAGCGGUCACCCCUUGGCAGGCAAUGGCAAACCUCCGAAUGUUUUUGGCUAUGAAAAAGCUCCUCAUAAAAAACCAUUUGCCGUUCGGUGCUGGCUUAAAACUGUAGGUCCCUCCAUUUAUGCAACAACAUCAAGACGCACGCUACAAACAGGAGGAGGAGCUUCGCCAAACACCUCACAAAAGUGUAUGCGCCAAUUAUUCAUUUAUUUAUUUAUUUAUUCUGUGUGUACUUAUACAUAUAUACAAUUUUUUGUAAUAUGCAAGUCCUGUGAAACUUUCUUUUACACCCAUUACAAUGACAACCCUUUAAAAUAGAAGCCUAGAAAUAACUGGUGCGGAAGAGAUUACAUUUGGGGGUUUAAAUUAUGAUGGAUUUAAGAUUUGUCAAAAUGUUUGGCUAAACGUUAAGAAGUGAUAUAUUUAUUCCGAAAUUAUAAAGCUUUAACAAUGUACCCUUGCUAUCAAAUCUCAUUAUUUUUCCAUGACUCAAGUCAAAAAAGGAACUAAACAGACAAAUGAUAUUUAUGUAAAUUAAAUAACUAAGUACUAUUGACUAACAGAAGGGGAGGGCGAAGUUACCAGUUAUGAGUUUUAACAUUCAGAGAGUAUUACGGCAACUAUGGGUACCUUGUCAUUAACAGUUUGCUAUUCCACUAUCGGAACAUUUGUGCACCAUUGUUUUUGGUUUUAUUUCUCAAUUCGCAGAUUAUAAAUAUCCCAUAUGCGUACAUUCAUAUGUAUUGAAAAUUGUAAUAAUGUGUUAACAAACCAAUUAUGUUAUAUUAUAAGAACUAUCGAUGUUUAUUUUAAGCAAUAUUAUGCAUAGUUUUACAAUAAUAACUAU